AUGGUCCACACGCACGGCUGGGUCCGCCGCAAGGUGAAGAACUCGGACAAGUGGGUCCGCAGAUGGCUCGAGGUGAAUAAGCACGUGCUCUACUCGUACCAGUCGUGCCCGGCCGACAUGCCGUCCGCGCGGGUCAUGAACAUGCUCGACCUGCGGAAGACGCGCACGAUCGACGUCGUCGACGGCGAGGAGGGCCUCUUCGUCAUCGUGCCCCAGUCGGCGGACGACGCCCACCCGGGCUACCUGAUGAAGGCGGAGUCGCGGGAGUCGGCGCUCGCCUGGGUCGCGGGACUGAACGCGGCGCGCGACCGCGAGAUCGAGAAGAGCGGCGUCGGCGCGGCGCGCCGGCCGGAGCGCGGCUGCUGCUCGCUCUGCUUCGGGUCGAAGCGGGCGCCCGAGCGCGACCCGCUCGUCCAGUACUAG